UCAGUCCAUGUGAGCAGCAGCGCUCUGUUCACUUACCGCCGGUUUUCUUCGCGUUUAACGGCCACCGGAUCACAUAUUGUCGUCUUAUGAUUAUCGAUAGCAGGACUAUGGAGUCGGAAGACGAGGAGUCGCUGCUGGGACAAGAGCCUGAGGAUGAAGACAGUGAAUUAUCUGACAAUGCGCUUCAAGAAGCCUUCGCCAAAGGGAUGUUGAAACCAGGGAUGAAUGUUUUGGUGGAAGCGCCCAAAAAGUUUGUCAACAAUGUGGAGGGCUUGAGGCAUUGCCUCGCCGAGUUCCGCAAAGACCUCCCGUGGGUGGAGAGGUUGGACAUGACCAACCUGCCGGCCGAAGACGUCAUCUUCAAAGCCGAGGGGAAAGUCACGAGCGGGAAACCCGGAGGCGCCGAUGCAGACGAUGAUUUCCAGAGAGAGAUGUUUUUCUACCGUCAAGCUCAAGCCACGGUUCUCGAUGCGUUGCCUCUCCUCAACAAGCACGGCAUCGCCACCAAGAGGCCCGACGACUACUUUGCCGAGAUGUCCAAGUCGGAUCAGCAGAUGCAGAAGAUCAGGAAGAAGCUGAUCUCGAAGCAGCUGAUCCUGGACAAGUCGGAGAAGGCCAAGAAACUGCGUGACCAAAGGAAGUUCGGCAAAAAGGUCCAAGUCGAAGUUAUUCAGAAGAGGCAGAAAGAGAAGAAACUAAUGAUGACCGCUGUGAAGAAAUACCAGAAGGGAAUGACCGACAAACUGGAUUUCCUGGAAGGAGACAAGACGAAGGGCGGCAAAGACGCUUCCAAAGACGCUUCCAAGGCCGCGCCGGCCUCCAAGAAGGCGGCGGACAAGCACGGCCCCAACGCCAAGAGGAAGUUCAAGGACCAGAAGUUUGGCUUCGGGGGCAAGAAGAGCGGAAAGAAGUGGAACACCAAGGAGAGCCACAACGACGUGUCCGGCUUCCGCGCCAAGGUGGCCAACGCCAAGGGGGCGAAGAAAGGCGCCAAGGGAGGGAAGCAGAAUAAGCGUCCGGGCAAGUCCGUGCGCAAGAAGACGAAGGCUCGCUCGUAAAGAUACGAACCCGCCUGAGGCCGGCUGGGCGUGGACCUCGUUCCUAAGCAGGAGCUCCGUCACCGGCUCCUCCGCCGCAUCGAGGGGAACAUUCACACUCUAUGUAGAGCAUGCCUUUAGUGAACUGUGGAUGGGGAGGAGCCAUCGAGAGAGAGUGAGAGAGAGAGAGAGAGAGUGAGUGAAAGAGUGAGAGAGAGAGCUCCCUUUGGACUCCAUAGAACUGACCUCACCACACGAGUGUUUUCCAAAAAGAGAGGAGUUGAAUGUUCAGAGAAAAAUGCCCUUUUUUUCUUUAUUAGUUGUUAGACCCGAUUCGUAUCGUCUGUGGACAGAAUUCACGAAUUCCUAUUUUAUUCUGUGGUUUUUUUAAACCACUAUCUGUGUCGACGCCGCCCUCCACGCCGUCUACACCGAAUACUUUUCAAGUUUCUGGUAUAUUCACUUUUUUGUUGUUGUUCUAACUUGACUCCUCGUUCCUCCCAUGUGCCAUGGCAUUUUAUAAUAUUGAGCAGCUGUGAGUUUUGCCCUUUCUCCUCUCCAUUGUUAUGAUGAGUACGUCGUGGACUCGUGUGCUUUGUGUAGACUUGGGCAAACGUUUCCCCUGCUUGGUUUUUACUGAGCUAAAGAGAAGCUUGUGGAGAUGACACCUGUACGUUUUGUAUAAUAAACAAAUACAUCUGAGCAGAGA